AUGGAGGCUGAGUCCUCCUACUCGGACUUCAUCUCCUGCAACCAGACAGACCGUCAGAAUGCAGCUGACAUCUAGGGUGACUCAGAGGGGAGCAUGCAGAAGCUAGCUGGAGACAUGGGCGAGCUGGCACUUGCAGGGGCAGAAGGACAGGCAUCGGGAAGUACUCCAGACAAGGAAGCCAGCAGCCAGCCCGAGAGCAGUGAUGCGAACACCCCGUCUUGA